AUGCCGCGCGCCGGCCGCGCGCUGCGCGUCGCCCUGUCCGCCGCGCUGUGGAUCGGGCUGCUGUGGAGCCGCGCGCAGGCACGAGAUGAAGAAGACCCCUCCUCUCCCACCUGGCCCCCAGCCGGCGGCCCCAGGGCCCGGCCCCCCAGCUCUCUGCCCUCUGCUCUGCUUCAGUCGGUGCUGACCCAUAAAGGCCUCCUGGUCCCCCAGAGGGGGGGCCUCCUGCCCUCCGCUCUGCCCCAGAACCUGCUCCCUCUGCUGGGCCGGGGCCUCGGCCGGGGCCCCCUCCCUGGAGGAGGUCCAGGCGAGCCUCUUCCCACACACACACACACACAGCUGGCUGACACACACACUGCUGAGCAGGAGGAGGAGCAGGAGGAAGAGGAGGAGGAGGAGCAGGAGGAGGAGCAGGAGGAGGUCACCACCACGAUGAUGGACACGCAGACGGAGAACCCGUCCUCAGCGGCGCCCGGCUGCACGGUGAACUUCUCGGACCCUGAAGGUUACAUCGACUCGGCCGACGACCCGACGCCUGACGGCGCCGCGGUGACCUGCACCUACACGGUGACGGUGUACACGGGCUACGGGGUGGAGCUGCAGGUGAAGAGCGUGAACCUGUCGGAGGGCGAGCAGCUGUCCAUCCGGAGCGCCGAUGCGAGCGGCGCCCUGCUGGUGCUGGCCAAUCACACGCUGCUGGUGGAGGGUCAGGUGAUCCGCUCCCCCUCCAACACGCUGUCGGUCCGGUACCGCUCGGCGCCGGAGGCCGGCGGAGGGGGCGUUGGCGGUGCGGUCCUGGUGGCGAGGCCGUGCUCCACUUGCUACGCGCAGCACUGCAUGCCUAUAGCGGUUUGCAAUUCUUUGGCAAUAAACCUGUUUCUGAUUCUGAUUCUGAUUCUGAAGAACGCCACCGUGGGGCGGGUCCUGUCCCCGUCGCCCCCCCACGGGCCCAACGCCACCCAGGAACGGUCCUGCUCCUGGUCCCUGGAGGCCCCCAAGGGCCAGAGGCUGCACCUCCACCUGGAGAGACUGUCGCUGGGAGCCACCGACAGGCUGGUGCUGUGGAGCGGGCUGGACGCCGACUCCGUGGUUCUGUUCGACUCGGGUCGGGGGGGCCAGAUCCCCUUCGAGGGGGUGAUCAGCGAGGGCCCGGCCGUGAGGGUCCAGUUCACCCGGGACCAGCCGGACCAGAAUACGGGCUUCAACAUCCGCUACGAGGCCUUCAAGCGCGGCCGCUGCUACGAACCGUACCUGCAGAACGGGAACUUCUCGACCACCGACCCGCUGUACGCCGUGGGCGCCGUGGUCCGGUUCUGGUGUGAGCCGGGCCACGCCCUGGAGCAAGGCCAGCCCGCCAUCCAGUGCGUCAGCGCCAGAGACCCGUACUGGAACGACACCGAGCCGCUGUGCAAAGCUCAGUGCGGCGGCGACCUCUCGGGGCCCAGCGGCGUCAUCCUGUCGCCCAACUGGCCCGACGCCUACGGAGAGGGAGAGGACUGCAGCUGGAGGGUCAGAGUGGAGCAGGACAAGAGGGUCCUGCUGGACAUCCAGCUGCUGAACAUCAGCGCCAGCGACAUGCUGACCGUCACGGACGGGGACGAGGUCGCGACCCGGGUCCUGGGCGGAGCCGGGCCCUUCAGGCUGUCCUCCACCACGCCCGACCUCACCGUGACCUUCCACUCCGACCCCACGGGCCUCGUCUUCGGCAAGGGGGGGGGCUUCAUCCUCAGCUACAUGGAGGUGUCCCGUAACGACUCGUGUCCUGACCUUCCUGAGAUCCAGAACGGUUGGAAGACCACCUCCCACGUGGCGUUGGUCCGCGGCGCCCGCAUCACCUUCCAGUGCGACCCCGGCUACGACCUGGUGGGCGGAGCCACGCUGGGCUGCCGGCCGGAGCUGAGCUGGAGCGGCCCGCCGCCCUUCUGCGAGAAGAUCAUGUACUGCUCGGACCCGGGCCACGUGGACCACUCCACCCGGGCCCUGUCGGACCCCAAGCUGCUGGUGGGGACCACCAUCCAGUACAGCUGCAACCCCGGCUUCGUCCUGCAGGGCGGCGCCACCAUCAGCUGCUACGGCCGCGAGCCGGGGACCCCGGUGUGGACCUCCAGACUGCCCCACUGUGUGUCGGAGGACUCAGUCUCCUGUGAGAACCCCGGCCUCCCGGCUAACGGGUACCAGAUCUUGUCCAAGAGGCUGUACCUGCCGGCCGAGACGCUCACCUUGGUCUGUUACCAGGGUUACGAGCUCAUCGGGGAGAUGGCCAUCAAGUGCAUUCUGGGUAACCCGUCCUUCUGGAGCGGCCCACUCCCACUCUGCAGGGCGAACAAGGAAUGCUUCAUCAGCCGCGCCCUGGAGGUGGCCGAGGCGCCGGUGGGCUCGGGGCUGGACGGGGGGAACAUCGCGUUGGCCAUCUUCAUCCUGGUGCUGCUGCUGUCGGCGCUGGUGGGCGGAGCUUAUGUCUACGUCACGCGGUGCCGGUUCCACUCCAACCUGAGGCUUCCCCUCAUCUACCCUCACCCGUACCGACAGAUCACCGUGGAGACGGAGUUCGACAACCCGCUCUACGAGACGGGGGGGCUGCGUCUCGUCUUCCUCUCUCAGAAAUCUGUUCUUCAUCUUCAUCUUCAUCUCAACGUCUCAAAGACACUCGAGAAUAUGAAGUCUCGAUAUGAGACGCCGUCCUAACUCCUCAUCUCCUCCUUCCUCACCUCCUCCCUCCUCAUCUCCUCCUUCCUCACCUCCUCACCUCCUCCCUCCUCAUCUCCUCCUUCCUCACCUCCUCAUCUCCUCCUUCCUCACCUCCUCCCUCCUCAUCUCCUCCUUCCUCACCUCCUCACCUCCUCCCUCCUCAUCUCCUCCCUCCUCCUUCCUCACCUCCUCCCUCCUCAUCUCCUCCCUCCUCCUUCCUCACCUCCUCAUCUCCUCACCUCCUCCAUCCUCAUCUCCUCACCUCCUCCCUCCUCACCUCCUCCUGCCUCACCUCCUCACCUCCUUCCUCCUCAUCUCCUUACCUCCUCAUCUCCUCCUUCUUCCCUCCUAACUCCUCAACUCCUCCCUCCUUCCUCCUUGCCUCCUCCUUUCUCACCUCCUCACCUCCUCCCUCCUUCUCGGAGGAGGCGUGUAAAUACAAAUAGAUGAUGUCCGACGAGAAGCAAGCCCAUUGAUCCUGUCCUCCUCCUCCUCCUCCUUUUAUUUUGCUUGAUGGUAAAUGAGAGAGGAGAAGAAGAAGAAGAAGAAGAAGAAGAAGAAGAAGAAGAAGAAGAAGAAGAAGAAGAAGAAGAAGAAGAAGAAGGAGGAGGAGGAGGAGGAGGAGGAGUCAGUGGGUGACUGAAGCACUUUUACAGUAUUUUUGUCUAAUAUGAGACGAGUGAAAAAUAAUCCAGAAAGAAGUUAAAGUUGUAAACCUUAAACAUUUAUUAUAUUUAAGGUUUAUUUAUUUAUGCAACGCUUUCUUUAAGAGUGUUAAAGCUGCAUUCUCUCUCCUGACCACCAGGGGGCGACUCCUGGUUGUAUAGAAGUAUAUGCUUCAUAUGUUAAAGCUGCAUUCUCCCGCCUGACCACCAGGGGGCGACUCCUCUGGUUGUAUAGAAGUCUAUGCUUCAUGUGUUGAAGCUGCAUUCUCUCUCCUGGCCACCAGGGGCGACUCCUCUGGUUGUAUAGAAGUCUAUGCUUCAUGUGUUAAAGCUGCAUUCUCUCUCCUGACCACCAGGGGGUGACUCCUCUGGUUGUAUAGAAGUCUAUGAUCAUGUGUUGAAGCUGCAUUCUCUCUCCUGACCACCAGGGGGCGACUCCUCUGGUUGUAUAGAAGUCUGCUUCAUGUGUUAAAGCUGCAUUCUCCCUCCUGGCCACCAGGGGGCGACUCCUCUGGUUGUAUAGAAGUCUCUGCUUCAUGUGUUAAAGCUGCAUUCUCUCUCCUGACCACCAGGGGGCGACUCCUCCGGUUGUAUAGAAGUCUGCUUCAUGUGAGGACUCUGAGUAAAAUAUUUUGAGUUAUUUUCUGUGUGGCAAUACUGGUGUCUGUAUAUAUAUAUAAAUAAAUAUAUAUAAAUAUAUAUUUAUUUAUUUUUCACACGUUUCUCGUGGCCUCAUUUCUCGCUGCGUCGCCAUGGCAACAGGACUCCUCCGAUGACGGUGCAGAAUCACUUUGAGUUAUUGUGACAUUAAUAAUGCACUUUAAACCUUUUACUGUGAACGUGGUUCUGGUGGUCCUGGUGGUUCUGGUGGUUCUGGUGGUUCUGUGACUAACGGAGCGCCACAUGUUGGAUAUGCUCAUUAUUCUCAUCACACAUGAUGUGUUCAAGGACCGUCAGAAACAUGACAAUCUGCCUGUAGUUGGAUAUUGUUUAUAGAAAAAGUUUAUUAAUAAAACUUCUUAAGGAUUACAACUUUAAACGUCCGGUGGCCUGGGGGACCUCCUUGUGGUUCACCGUGUCCUGCGGUCCCUGAACUCACCACCGGCCUGCAGUCUCCUAGCUGUCGUCACGUGGAGGAUCAGGGCCUCAGGUCCAGAUCCUCCAGGUCCAGGUCCUCCAGGUCCGGCCCCCGGGGUCCGGUGUGUGUGGCGUGUUUAUUUAUUUCUGGUUGUUCAUUGAUAAAUGUACAUUCUCAUUAUGUUAACAAAUAAAUCUUUAAUAAAAAAGAACUAAAUAAUU